CGCCCCGCGGCCCGGCCGGGAUGCGCUCCGUCAGCUACGUGCAGUGCGUGGCGCUGGACUUCGCCGGCAGCCUCUUCCCGCACGCCAUCUGCCUGGGGGACGCCGACAACGACACGCUGAAUGAACUUGUGGUGGGAGACACCAAUGGAAAGCUCUAUGUUUACAAGAAUGAUGAUAGCAAGCCCUGGGCUGUGCGAUCUUGCCAAGGAAUGCUCACAUGUGUCCGUGUGGGAGAUGUGUGCAAUAAAGGAAAGAAUUUUGUGGUGGCGGUGAGUGCAGAAGGCUGGUUUCAUCUUUUCGACCUGACUUCCCUGAAUUCCAAACACCCGGAUGCUUCAGGCCACCAUGAGUUGGCAGGGGCAGAAGAGCAGAAGCCAGUGUUCAAGCAGCACAUUCCUGCCAACACCAAGGUCAUGCUCAUCAAUGACAUUGAUGGAGAUGGGAAGUGUGAGUUGGUUGUGGGUUACACUGACAGGGUGGUCCGUGCCUUUCGCUGGGAGGACUCGUCAGAGAAUUCAGACCAUGUCUCUGGGCAGUUGAUCCUGUUGAAGAAAUGGCUUCUAGAAGGUCAGGUGGACAGCCUGUCUGUGAACCCAGGCCCUGAUGGCUCACCAGAGCUGAUGGUGUCACAGCCAGGCUGUGGCUAUGCCAUCCUGCUGUGCACCUGGGACACGGAGCAGCGGGACGCAGCCGCGGGAAGGGAUGAAUCUGCCACAAGCAGUGAGGCCCCUGUUCGAGAUGUGAUUCUACACCAGACAUCUGGACGGAUUCACAACAAGAACGUCUCCACUCAUCUGAUUGGUAGCAUUGCCAGAGGCUCCAGUGAGAAUAGUGGCUCAGGUCUCUUUGCCCUCUGUACUUUGGAUGGAACACUGAAACUGAUGGAGGGAGCAGACAAGCUGCUCUGGUCUGUUCAGGUUGAUCACCAGCUCUUUGCUCUGGAAAAGCUGGAUGUUACUGGCAAUGGGCACGAGGAGGUGAUUGCUUGUGCGUGGGAUGGUCAGACGUACAUCAUCGACCACAACCGGACUGUGGCCAGAUUCCAAGCAGACGAGAAUGUCAGUGCCUUCUGUGCAGGCCUGUAUGCAUGCAAAGAGGGGAGCAACAGUCCCUGCCUUGUUUAUGUCAGCUUCAGCCAGAAGAUCUACAUCUACUGGGAUGUGCAGCUGGAGAGAAUGGAGUCCACCAACCUGUUGAAAAUCCUGGAUUCUGAUCCAGAGUUUGGAAGUCUGCUGCAGCAGCUGGGUAUAGAUAGAAACGAUGUUUCUGCUGUCAAAAACCUGAUUCACAAAACACUCUAUUUUCCUGAAAAAUACCAUCUCAGCAGCCCCUCGCAGGAUCCUGCUGGAACAGAUUCUUCUGCCCACUGCAGUGGCGUCCAGGAUCCCUCAUAACAAGAAAGCUGACAUCUUUAAUGCCAGCACAAGCUCUUCUGCAGCUGAAUUUGGGCAUCUGAUGAGGAUGACUAUUCUUUCCCUGUCUUGUCAAAACUUCCAAACAGGAAAGGGUCUACAGACUGUGAAGGGUUGUUCUUGGCUAUAGGCUUGCCUGUAUGUGAUGGUUUGGUCUGCCUUUAGCUGAGGCAGCUACAAGAACAGAAAGGGCCAAGGAUCCUGCACAUAGGCCUUCUGUUGCCAGUUUCCACAUUCCUCACUAAGUGAAGUGCUCCACUGGUCACUGUGAAGGAGCCAUGAGGUCACAGAUGGAGAGAACAACUGAGCUAAGUCUCCAUUUUGACCUAUUCUUACAAGUACUUGAGUGAAUACUUCUGAGUUCUUAGCAGGGUCACAGUGCAGGAAUUGGAGAUGGAAAAACUGAUUUAGGGUGCAGGCACAGGCCUUUUCUUCCACUUAGGUGUAUUUAAAGUAGAGCCAUGCAUUGUUUGUCUUUGCUUUGCUGCUGCUCUUCUACCAAGCAGUUUCUCAGAAAUCACCUGUUCUGAGUAGCUGGAGAUAUGCACAACUUGCACUAAUAAGGUGUGGAAAGAUAGCAGCUCCAGCAAACCCAGCUCUUGUCAAGAGUCAUUGCUUGUCUCCAUCAUCUUGGGCAGGGUGAUCCCAAAGAAGGUUGUGACUUAACAAAGCAGCUGUGAAGUGGUCAGUAAGACCAGUCUGACUUAACUGUGGAUCUGUGGUGCUAUGAGAGCUUGGCCUUCCCACAAUAAACUCUUGCCUCUUCUUGUGGA